CGCAAGACACUGUGAGGCGUCCAACAAAUAUAUAUUGAAGAAAAUUCUUGCAUAUUAGAUAUAAUAAAUUUAAAAAAUAUGGAGACCAAGAGUUUAUGUGAGGAGAAGCGCGAUUUCAACCAGAACCUAAUCGAAUCAUCCGGCUCAUUUGAACAAUUAUGUGGCAUGAUAAAUCAAUUAGAAAAAGAUAGCAGUGUCGAAAUUGCAAAGUACAAACAAUUUGACAUGUGCAUAAAGUACGACGCCAAUCCGGAGCCAGCAUCGCGCAAUUGUCUGGAUCAAAUCGAGCCUGAGAGGGAUGUGACCGGUGAAAAAUGCACAUCACUCGCCACAACCUAUGAAGACAUAAUGUUUUUCUUGGGAACCCUCGAAAAUGAAGAUACACAAGCGAAUAAUGUUACUGCGAACAGCGCGACGACUAUAAUUUCACCUUGUCGGGGUCUCAGCAGAUACGAGACGGGAAACAGACAGAUUUCCAGUUGCCAGCGGGACGAUCUGGAGAUCGCGAAAUUGCAGAUAGAAGAGAAGAAUGCGACAAUCGAAUGUCUGAAGGACCAACUGAAGUCCGAGCGUAAGGCUGCGUGCGACAAAAUGACCGCGCAAAAACGAUGUCACGCCACGAAGACGAAGGAGCUGGAGAACAGGUACAGGACGAUCGUGAAACGCCAUCAGAAGUUCAUCGAACAGCUGAUCGCCGAGAAGACCGAUCUCAUACAGAAAUGUGACUCUCUGGCGCAACAAAUGAAGGAGAUGGAGCGGAAGAUCCAACGAGAUAUAAAAGUAAUUAACGAGAGACACACAGUGGAACUGCAACGCGCGAAGGAAAACGUCGCGGCGUCGGAGAAGAUACGGCGCGAACGAUGGCUGGAGAUGAAGACCUCGAAAAUCAAGGAAAUGACGGUGAAGGGGCUAGAGCCGGAAUUGCAUAAUAUGAUGGAGCAACAUCAACGGGAGAUACAGGAGCUGAGACGCGCGCACAUAAAGGAGUUACAGGACGUGGAAUUGCGGGCGUUGCGUAGAUCGAAUCAGCAAUUGGAGCAACUGCGAAUCGAGUUGACAGACAGUCACGAGAAGUUGUUGACCAAGGAGAAGGACAUACUGAUGGCACGAUAUGAGGAGAAACUGGAGAAACAAGAAGCGCACUUUCACACGCUGCAGAGCACACUCGCGGAGCGUUUCGAGAGGAACAGAUCGAAUCUCCUGGCGGAGCGGAAGAAACGCGACCAGGAAACAAGCGCGAUGAUGCAACAGACGCAGUCGCGCUUUCAGAAAGAAGCGGAAAUACUAAAGGAGCAACACGAGAGUGCGAAGAAAAAUUUUGAAGAAUCCUUGAGGAAAGAAUGGCUUGCCUGGGCGGAUGAUUAUAAGAAGCAACAAAGCGCGAAUUUCAUGAAAGCAGAAGCCACGAUUCGUAAUGACUGUCAGAGAGAGAGGGACAAGCAGAUAGAAAUCGCUAUAUCCAGAUUGGAAAAAGAGUCGCGCGACGUGCGAACAAAGUUACAGCAAAAUUUCGAUGACAAAUUUGUGCUGAUGAAAGAAGAAUACGACGUAAAACUGCAAGCUGCGAUUAAAAGUGAAAUCGUUUAUAAAAACAAAUUAUUGUUAUUAGAGGAAAAAUUUGCAUCCACUGAAGAGCAACUUGAGAAAACGGAAAAUAAAUUUAAAGAAUGUAUGUCGAAUCUACGUAACAUGGAUCAGACAGUCGCAAAGUUGACCAUAGAGAGAGACAACGCGAGAGAAAUAGCGAAACAAGAGAUUGAAACAGAAAAAAGAGAGUUAGAAGACAAGAUUGCCUUGUUGUAUCAGGAAAUAACCCGGAAUAAUGCUAAUAGGGACCAACUUAUGGCACAAUUGCAUAGCAGGAUAAAACUCGUACUCACUCAGAAAAUUUUGGUCAUAAAGGAUCUCAAUAAGAAACUCAACGACGCCGUUUCAAAGUGCAAACAUUUAGAAAAGUUGUUGGAUCAACAAAGGAAAGAAUAUAUUCUAAAGACCUUAUAA